AUGCGGGGCCGACGACCGGCGGUUGUGGGAAAGUCGCCGCUGCCGGGUGACCACGCGGCCGCCAAUGUAGAGACAGGGCGUUUCACGAGGAAUUUAUUGGUCAUGGAGUGCUCAAGAAGACACAGAUCGUUGAGAGAUCUUGGCCACCGCAGUCGAUGCGAGCUGAAAGCUUUUUGCCGCUCAUUGAAGCCACCGAGAGCCGCCUCUGGGAGCGGCCGAGAGGAGCCGGCGGCGCGCGUGUUCGAUCGAGCGGAGACGACGCAGCCACCGGGCCAGAUGCGUUCAUAUGUUAUCGUCAAACAGUGUGAAUACGGUCGUGGACAAACGCGCUGGAUGCUGUCGUCUGGAGUUACACCGAUAUGCCGUGACGUCACGGGCGAUCUCGGCGUCGCGUUUCACGGCGGCAGUCGGCUGAUGGCUGCCGUU